GUUGAAAAAUUACUGCCUGGCUUGUGUUGUUUCUGCAUCCCACGUUUGACAUCAUGGACGUGUCGUUAGAAGAUUAUAUCGGCGACCACAGCGUCAAUUUUCAAGUUCAAAUCAGUAAUCCCAAUGCACUGGCAGUUAGAGGCCAGGGAGGUGGUCGUGGUCAGAGAGGAGGGCGUGGCAGAGGUCAGGGAGGAGGGCGUGGCCGUGGUCAGGGAGGAGGGCGUGGCAGAGGUAUGGGUCGAGGAGGACUCCAGCAGCGUGGUGGAAUAUUCACAUCAAAAACACAGAGAAACCAAAACCAAGGACAAUUUAUUGAAGCCACCAAACCCUUAUCAGUGACAGUAAAUAAUAACUUUGAUGCCAGAGACACAAUUGCAAAGAAAAAGAGACCAUUGGAUGCUAGAAGUAAACUGGCUGCCAAGGCCAAACUCAGUGAUGCUAGAACGAAAAUUAUUAAUUUGAAAGGUAACAGAGGUGGCAUGGUAAACAAAGGACAAUCUAAUAAAGGGUCGGAUGCAAGGGCCAUGAUCCUAGCUAGAAAGAAAGCGAAACAAAUCAUGCCUCCAGGCAACGGAACUGGUGUUGGUGCUGUUCAAUCCUCUUCUAGCAAUCUUUUCCGAACAGUGAAUCAGGAUGUUAUGUCAGGAAAUUUCCAGAUUACAAGAAAGGUGCCUGGGAACCAGACUGGCGUACAGAUUUCCGGUGACAGCGUUCUCGUCACCCGCACUCUACAUGGCUCACAGUAUUCUGAGUCUACAAACGGUCCUCUCUUCACCAAGACAAUCAACAACCAGCAGCCAAGUGUGAGAGGGCCAGUGAUACAACUCCAAAACGAAAUGUUCCAGGCCCACCCACGCUCACAGCCCAUGUACAGUCAGGCCCUUACAUACGGCCAGGAGGAGGAAGAAGACCCGUGGGCGCUUGUUAGUGGCUAUCCUAGUGAGAAAACAUUGACAGUGAAAAUGCCACAGGGUCACGCUCAAUUUACCAGAUACCCACAACAGAAAUUUCAAAUGAACAAGAUUACGUUUGGUGGUGAAAGAACAGUACCUCCGACACCAAUAUCACCACCAACAGCCAUUAAACGGAAAGCCGUCAGAGAUACAAUGUCGCUGAUGACUGGUAAACAAUUACGUCUCGGCAGUGCAGCUCCACCGGCAAAACAGACACGACCUAUCACAGCUGUAUCGCGAUCUGCCCCCAAAGUUGUCAAGCAAACAAAAGUGAUGAAACCAGCUCCUGCACCAGUUGUAGUAGAAGAGGAGGAAGAUCCCGACAUGGUACUAAGUCCACUCCAAGGUCACAGAAUCCUGAUCUCAAACCUGCAUGUAAUUGUCUCCCAAGACGACAUCAUUGAGCUGUUUGGUGCCAUUGGUCCGAUGAAGCGAGCACGACUGGUCAAGCCCGGUACGGCCGAGGUUGUGUACGUCCAGAGGGAGGAUGCUCUUAAGGCCGCCCAGAAAUACCACAACAGAGAGCUGGAUGGUCAGUCCAUGCAAGUGAAGCUCAUAACACCUGCCAAAGCACCAGUCAAACAGGUCACAGAGGUCAUGACCUCACCGCCUCCGCCGGCCAAGGAAAAGGGAGGCCCCCUCAAACUUGGACAGAACAUUAAGAAGAAUCCAGGAGCGGGGAGCGUCGAUCUGUCCACAUUGCACCAGGCGUUAUUUAAAACGCAACCUAGCAAACAGAUCAAACCAGUCACAUUCACUGUCAAAAUCUAGGGCUCAUUUGUGUGUUUGUAGGGUCAUUUUCAUUAACCCUUUCACCACUGCGGAUCAUAAUGGACUCAUCCAGAUAAAUGUAUCGUAGAGUCAACUUAAGUUACCUAGGGGUGAAAGGGUUCAUUACAUGCGUAUCACCUGUUUGUCUUUGUCCCGUGUACCUGGCGUGGUAAGACAACUCUUGUUCACACUCCGAAAUGCCACGCACAGAAAUCAGACUCGGAAAGUUGAACUUUGAGAAACAGACUCUGUAAGUCAAACUUUUGAGAAUAAUACUCGGAAAGUAAUGUGGGAGAGGUCAUCAUGCUCAGAAGAAUAUCAUACUUGUACAAUUUGAACGUACUUCAAAGAAACGGAAACACAGAUUCAUGUUCAUAUCAUCAGGUACCAAUGAAUUCAUGUGAUUUAUUAUUGAAUUUGAAUUGUUUUUUUCUUUUAUUGAAUUUACAUGUGUAUUCAUAUAUAUUAGUAGUUGUAGAAUUUGACUCUGAAACUGUAAAGAGUACUAUUUGUUUGUUCACUAUUUUGUGGCUUGACACAAAAAUGUUAAUUUGAUGGAUUACUUCUUCACAGCUUUAUUAUGUACAUGUAAUACCGUUAUGCCGAACUCUAAAAAUUGUCAGAAUUGAGGAAUAUUUUGAUGAAAAAUAGUAGCUUUAUCAUAGGAUUCCAAAAUACAGAAAAUUAUUUGAAAACUUGCUUUCCAUGUUUUGAUAUAAGUGAAGUAAGAAUCGACUUUUUUCAUAUUUUAGGAAUGCUAUCGAUUCAUCCAGAACAUGUUAUUUUUGAAGCCAUUUUACAUUGGCUGCUUAAUACAUGGUCAUACUUUCAUCUUUAACAGUAAUUGGGCAAAUUCAAUGAUUUAUGUUAUAGUUUACUCUCAAUUUCAAGAAUGUCCCUUGAACAAUCAUGAGUAUUAAUGAAGAGGAACUGUUAUUCAAGAAUACCGGUUCUUAAUUUGUUAUUGUAAUUUGUUCAUGGUCUUAUAUUAUUAUUAAUGUGCAAACCGAUAACAAUAUGAAUUAGGUGAAAGCAACAAAAAAACCCAAUGAAUAUUAGUUCAUCUGGCCUACAGUGUGUAGUAAGUUUAUGCUUUGGCGCCUCCUUCUGUCUAUCUGCUGCCUAGUUCUUUGUUAUCGGGGCUGAAAGGUUUGCCCUGCUGGGGACGGAAGAGCAGGGCCCAAUAGGGGAAGUAGUGGUUAAAUAGUUCAUCUUUGAAAGACUACUCUUCAUAUACAGUUGAAAGAAUUUUGACCAUAUUAAACAUUUACACACUGGUGUAGCUCCUUUGGCUAGGUAUAUCUGUAGUGUCUAAAAGGGGAUAUAGGGUUUAAAGUUGUAAAGACAACCUCUUAAGCAGAAGUGAAGGGAUUUUUACCCAAUUAAGCAGCGAACAUCCCUGGGAAAAAGAAAAUUUGAUAUUGUAUGAAUGAAGGGUGUGGUGCUAUGAGGGAAGAGGACUUUAAAAACUUCUUAAAUAUUGUUGAAGUGUUAAAAUCUAAACGGUUUGGUAUGGUGCAGCAUGUCUGUAUGAAGAAGUUUCAGUGUUGAAUAAAUGAGGGGUGUUGAUCUCUUUCAAAACAGAAGGAUAAUUCUUGAUCGGAAAAUGGUAGAAUAACUUUGGUUUCUGGACCAUUUGAUAUUGAAGAUAUAGGCUUUCCUUUGAUUGGCUGAGACAUGGGAGAUAAAGCCAUAUGGGCCUCUUGUUUUUGUUGGGUUUUAUUUAAAAGUGUAUCAGAU